CGUAAAUGGGCGAAGCAGUUCAUUUAGGACAGUUGGCUCUCACUUUUUUUUUACAGACUUCAGUUACUGUAUUUGAUUGGUCACUUGAAGUUUACAUCGCCUUCAUUCGUGGUAUUGCUAAUGUUCCCAUUGCGUCACGAAUUAAAUAGAAAAAAUCUAUAAAUAUUGAAAAAUCUAAAUUAAUCUUUCACUUACUUCUGAACUUGGAUCUAAGAAAGACUAAUUCUUUUCCAGAAAAGAUGAACAUGAAGCAAAACACAACAAGUAUAAUUGUAGCAGUUACGAUAUUAUUAGCAUGUGUAGUGCAAGCAAGAUAUACAGAUGAUGACUUAGAUCGGUUUGCCAAGAGAUCAUGGUCAGAUCAACGUAUAGCCGAUUAUCAAGCCAGACUGGCAUUAUACCAAGGACGACCUUUACUAUCGCAUGGUCAGUUUGACACAAAUAAAAUAUUUGAAAAGCGGACAUCUUCAGACCAAAGAAUUGCAGAACUUCAGGCGCUGAUUGCGUUGUCGCGAGGUAGUGGUAUAGUUGGGCAUGGCAGAAUUGACCCAUAUGGCAUUGGUAGAAGGAAAAGAGAUACUGGAAUACUUAGAACACUCAUAAACAAAAACAGACUUUUGCAAAAUUCGGACGACAGCCAUUUAUGAUCUGAUAAAUUUGUAGAUUUAUCCGUCCAGAGAGCUUUCGUAGUCAUCUAAAUUUCUGUGGAAUAAUGAAGCUUCAAAAAAAAAUUAUGGACAAUCAAUUUCCGGAAUCAAAUUUACUUUAUUUUUUGUUUCGUCUCAGGAAAUCUAGCUGCGCUAGACCUCUUGCUAUUUAUUUUGUUUAUUUAUUAUAUUUUGAUGAAAAUGUGAUAUUAAACGUGAGUCACUUUGUCUGUUUAUAUUGUGUAUAUCUGAAUAAGAAUGGUUGAGAUUUUGAGUACGUAAAUAAAUGGAUCCAUUUAUUGCAAUUUA